UUUGCGAACAAAAAAGUACCAAGUUUUUCUGAUUUUGCUCAGAUACACAAACCAAACCAAACACAUUUCAACAACAGCAACACCUUCUUCAAGAUCCGAUCAGAUCCAUUCAACUUUCUUCAUCCACUCUCCAUUUCCUCUCUAUCUCUCUCUCUUAGUCUAUUUCUCUCUCAUCAAUUUCACCGAUCAAUUUCUCCGUUACCUCUUCCCGUUUCACCUUCGCCGCCGGUUAGGGUUUCUUCAAACUCUACUCGAAAUGCGCGGGAUCGAGACACACGGUUCGUGAACACACCGUCUUCAAUUUCACCAAGUGCAUGAAGCUUUGGUGUUGUCUAUGCUUCAACGAAGAAGAAAAGGAAGAAGAAGACGAAGAGGUAAAACGUAAUCUUGUUAUGAAGAACGACGAGGACAUUAUCGGAAACGUUGCUGAUGACGAUGAUGGUGAUGAUGAUGAAGCUGUUCCUAGAAUUUACGAGGCUAGAUUUCUUGCACAAUUUGGAAGUGGUGCGUUUCGUUAUCGGCCAGCCACACGUUUGUCGGAGGGAGAAAGUAGCUCUGUAAACGCCGAUGUAGUUCCGGUUACCGGUUUUGAGAGUCCUCCCGUCGAUGAAAGCCGUGAUUCGUCGCACAAACGCGCCAAGUUCUACAAUGAGUGUCGGUUUGAUGACCCGACAACGUCUUCUAGUAAUGUGAAAUACUCUAUGGAUAUUGGAGAUUUUGACUCUUCUCUUCGACCUAGUAAUGUCACUUGUUAUGGUGAUUUUGCAUUGAUGUGCACUGGGGAUGAUGGUAACGGUGUGGAAGAUAGUGAAGGGAACGACAGUGACAGUUCAAAACAAGAUGAAGAAGAGGUUGUCAGGAUGGAUCUCACGGAUGACCUGUUGCAUAUGGUUUUCUCAUUUCUGGAACAAACCGAUCUCUGCAGAGCCGCCAGAGUGUGUAAGCAGUGGCGAAUUGCUAGCACCCAUGAAGAUUUCUGGAAGAGUUUGAAUUUUGAAGAUCGGAACAUAUCUGUAGAGCAAUUUGAGGACAUGUGUAGGCGUUAUCCAAAUGCUACAGCAAUGAGCAUAUCAGGACCGUCCAUUUAUUUGCUGGUCAUGAAGACAAUUUCUUUGUUAAGGAAUCUUGAGGUUUUAACAUUAGGAAGAGGACAGAUAGCAGAUGCUUUUUUUCUUGCUCUACCUGAUUGUUCUAUGUUGAAAGAGUUGAAUAUCAAUGAUUCUACACUUGGCAAUAGUAUUCAGGAGAUAUCUGUCGUACAUGAGAGAUUGUGUCAUCUUAAACUAACAAAAUGUCGUGUCAUGCGAAUACAAGUCAGGUGCCCACAACUUAAAACUAUGUCAUUGAAGCGCAGUAACAUGGCACAGGUCGUGCUUAAUUGCCCUCUUUUGCUUGAACUUGAUAUAGGCUCUUGCCACAAACUUCCUGAUGCUGCUAUUCGCGCUGCUGCAACUUCAUGCCCUCAACUAGUGUGGCUGGACAUGCGUAACUGUUCUUGUGUCAGUGAUGAAACACUGCGUGAAAUAGCACAGCAUUGUCCUAAUCUUGGUUUUCUUGAUGCAUCAUAUUGCCCAAACAUAUCUUUGGAGUCUGUUCGACUCCAUAUGUUGACAGUUCUAAAGCUUCAUAGUUGUGAAGGCAUCACUUCUGCAUCAAUGGCUGCAAUAGCUCAUAGUUCUAUGUUGGAGGUUUUGGAGCUUGACAAUUGCAGCCUAUUAACUUCGGUGUCAUUGGAUCUUCCACGAUUGAACAAUAUUAGAUUGGUGCACUGUCGCAAAUUGGCAGAUUUGAACUUGAGGGCUAUAUCACUUUCUUCUAUACAAGUGUCUAACUGCCCUGUACUCCACAGAAUCAACAUCACUUCAAAUUCACUUCAAAAAAUAGCAUUGCAAAAGCAGGAUAGCUUAACUACAUUAGGACUGCAAUGUCAGUCUUUACAAGAAGUGGACCUCUCUGAGUGUGAAUCUUUGACAAACACUAUAUGUGAUGUUUUUAGUCAUGGUGGGGGAUGCCCUAUGUUGAAAUCACUAGUUCUUGAUAAUUGUGAGAAGUUGACUUCAGUUUGCUUCAUCAGCACCUCAUUAAUAAGUCUUUCGCUUGGUGGAUGUCGAGCGAUUACUACUCUUGAGCUAACAUGCCCUAAUCUUGAGAAGGUCAUUUUGGAUGGCUGUGAUCAUCUGGAAAGAGCUUCAUUUUGCCCUGUUGGUCUUCGAUCUCUAAAUUUAGGAAUAUGUCCAAAAUUAAAUGUACUUCGCAUUGAAGCAAUGUUAAUGGUCUCACUUGAGUUGAAAGGAUGUGGCGGACUGUCUGAUGCAUCCCUUAAUUGUCCUCUCUUGACAUCUCUGGAUGCUUCCUUUUGCAGCCAACUCACUGAUGAAUGCUUGUCUGCAACAACCCGUGCAUGUCCAAUAAUUGAGUCAUUAAUAUUGAUGUCAUGCCCAUCUAUUGGGUUAGAUGGACUCUGUUCCCUGCGUUGGCUCCCAAAUUUAACUCUGCUUGAUUUAUCAUACACUUUCCUGGUGAAUCUGCAGCCUGUUUUUGAGUCUUGUUCACAGCUAAAGGUGUUAAAGUUGCAGGCAUGCAAAUAUCUCACCGACUCGUCACUUGAACCUCUCUACAAGGGGGGUGCUCUACCAGCUCUUGAGGAGUUGGACCUGUCUUAUGGAACUUUGUGUCAGAAAGCGAUAGAAGAGCUCCUUUCUUGCUGCACACACCUUACUCGUGUGAGUUUGAACGGCUGUGUGAAUAUGCAUGAUUUAAACUGGGGGUACAGUCAAGGGAAGAUUCCUCAUUUGCCUGGCAUAAGCGUCCUAUCCAUUGCAAGUUCCUAUGAGAAUAUUGAUGUGUCAAGCGAGCAACCCACCCGAUUACUUCAGAACCUUAACUGUGUGGGUUGUCCAAAUAUUAGGAAGGUUUUCAUCCCAUCAACAGCACAUUGUUCCCAUUUAUUGUUUUUAAACCUUUCUCUGUCAGCUAAUUUGAAGGAAGUUGAUGUAGCUUGUCUCAACCUAUGCUGGCUUAAUUUAAGCAACUGUUCCUCACUUGAAGUUUUGAAGCUAGAGUGCCCGAGAUUGACAAAUCUAUUCCUUCAGGCAUGCAAUAUUGAUGAGGAAGCUGUUGAAGCUGCUAUAUCAAAAUGUACUAUGUUGGAGACUCUUGAUGUUCGCUUUUGUCCUAAGAUAAGCUCAAUGAGCAUGGGAAGUUUUCGUGCCGCGUGUUCUAGUUUGAAGCGUAUAUACAGCAGUUUGACAACUUCAUCAAUGUGAUUUAGUAGAAUCCCUGAAGUUUUGCGGUGCUUGUUCACUUGGAUUGAAGGCACGCUUGGUAAUAAAUGUUGUUAUUGUGUAAUGUAUUGUAAAUGGUUAACUUUUUAUUGUUGUGUUUGCUUGGCAUAUAGAAAUGAGGUUAUCUUCAUGCAUUGCUAUAAUAAGUUAUUGUUCUAAUUGUAACCUAUGUAAAUUUUACAGUUCAUUUUGUUGCUGCAUAUUUUUUUCUUAAGUGGUCUGUCUGACCUUUCUCUUGUGAAGAAUAGGCGUCUAUCCUUUCAUAUUGACAUUAUCAAUGCUGUAAGUUUUGUAAGAUGGAUGCGGCAUAUUGACUUUUAUAUUUUGAUGAAAAUUUGAUGUAUGCACAA